AUGCCGAGCUCUGCGGUGCAAGGAGUUCCCGACACGCAACUAGGGCUAACCCCUGAAGAGAUUCAACUGCUACGUCAGGGCCAAGCGACACUCGGCAACGGCUCCAGUUCGUCGAGGGCUGCAAGCAGAGCCUCUAGCCAAGGGAUACUGCUACUGGAUAGCUCAUCCCUGGCGCAGCUCUCUCGCUACUUCGACAGCCUAAUGAGCCAAGUGCAGCGACGUAUGGAGUACCUGAGUGAGCAGAGCGCCAUGUUUACGGAGACGCAGUAUGACCGCGCCGGGAAUCUGAUCGAGGCCGCCGACGCCGAAAUUGCGAGGUUCCACGAGAUCUUGAGACAACUCGACGAACUCGAGGAAGACUUUGAUCGAAUCAGCAACAUCCGAGAUAUCGUUCGCGGAUAUCGGUCGAGGGUUGAAACAAUGGAAAGGGACUUGGAGAGCAGCGGCGGUUCUACGGGCGAGAAGCCCGUAUCAUCUUUGCGCUUUGAUGCAAAGUUUGGCGGUCUCGAGCAAUGCCCGAACUACAACCCCUAG